AUGCCCAAGAUCACGCACAUCCUGUUCGACUGCGACAACACGCUCGUUCUGUCCGAGCACAUCGCGUUCGCGGCGUGCGCGGAGCUCGCGAACGAGGUGCUCGAGAGGUGGAAGCCGGAGGUUGCUGAUCGGUUCGACGGGCCGACGCUCCAACGGACGUUCGUGGGGCAGAACUUCCGCGGGAUGCUGAUCUCGCUGUGUGAGAAGUACGGGUUCGAGCUGCCGGGGGAUGAGCUUGAUAAAUACGUCGCGCGCGAGCUCGACGCUGUGACUGCUGCACUGAAGCGCGACGCCGAGCCCUGCCGCGGCGUCCUCCCCGUCCUGCAACGCCUCCAGUCUCUAGGAAACUAUACGCUCGCGGUCGUCUCUUCGAGUGCGUUGCCGCGCGUCGUCGCAUCUCUGGAACGCGCAGGCCUCUCGCCCUUCUUCGCCCCGAACCACAUCUACAGCGCAAUCACCUCGCUCCCCACGCCCACGUCUAAACCCGACCCCGCGGUGUACCUGCACGCCCUGCGCGAUCUCGGUACUGAUGCCUCGCGAGCGGUCGCGGUGGAGGACAGUAAGAGCGGUGCGACGGCGGCUGUUAGGGCAGGGAUCAGGUUGGUUGGGUAUGCGGGCGUUUAUGAGGAGGGUCGGGAGAGGGAGGAGGCGAAGGAGAUGCUGGGGGGUGUCGGGGUCGUGAAGGUUAUUGAGGGCUGGGAGCGGUUUGCGGGGGCGCUGGAGGAGAUUGAGAAGGAGGGUGCUUAA